UUGGUGAAAAAGAAAACGAGAAACGAAAAGAGUUAGUUUGUUCGGUUAUUCCUAGGUUAGGGUUUUGUCAUGACAGAGACGAUGUUAAUGUUUGGCGGCGGCGGCGGCGAGGACAGAGUGAAGUUUGUGGCGAGAAAAAGAAAAGUGCGAGAAGAUGUUGUUGGUAGACGCAGUUCUGUGUAUGAUGCUGUUGUUGCGAAGAAGAAAUUGUCUCACUGGGAGGACCGACAAUUGAUUAAUUCAGGUGUUGUUAGAAGAGGUAUUCAGACUUGUGAAUUUGAUGAUGAUGAAGAAGAACACACAAAGGUUACUCUUCUUGUCCAUGAUACAAAGCCUCCUUUUCUUGAUGGCAGACUUGUUUUCACCAAGCAGGCAGACCCAAUAAUGCCAAUCAAAGAUCCAACCUCUGACAUGGCCAUAAUUUCCUGCAAAGGGUCCAAUCUAGUCCGAAAAAUCCAUGAGAAGCAGAGUAUGGAUAAAUCUCGCAAGCACUUUUGGGAGCUAGCAGGUUCAAAGCUUGGUGAUAUCUUAGGAGUUGAGAAGACAGCAGAAGAGAUGGAUGCAGUGGGUCAAGAUGGUAAAAUCGAUUUACCUAAGUUUUCACAGCACUUGAACAAGAGGGAAGAAGCCGUGAGUGAGUUUGCUAAGUCAAAAUCCAUGUCAGAGCAAAGGCAAUACCUGCCAAUUUUUUCAGUGCGAGAAGAGUUAUUGCAGGUCAUUCGCGAAAAUCAGGUCGUGGUAGUGGUUGGAGAAACUGGUUCAGGAAAAUCAACCCAAUUGGCACAGUAUCUUCAUGAGGAUGGCUAUACUGUAGGUGGUGGUAUUGUAGGUUGCACGCAGCCGAGGCGUGUGGCAGCUAUGAGUGUUGCUAAGAGAGUUAGUGAGGAGAUGGAAACCGAGUUGGGUGAUCAAGUUGGUUAUGCUAUCCGUUUUGAAGAUGUCACUGGCCCAAAUACCAUUAUAAAGUACAUGACUGAUGGGGUACUUCUGCGCGAAACACUCAAAGACUCUGAUCUAGACAAAUAUCGGGUUAUUGUCAUGGAUGAAGCCCAUGAAAGAUCAUUAAACACAGAUGUUCUUUUUGGAAUUCUCAAGAAAGUUGUAGCUCAACGUCGCGAUUUCAAGCUAAUUGUCACUUCAGCUACCCUCAAUGCACAGAAAUUUUCAAAUUUCUUUGGAAGUGCACCUGUUUUUCAUAUUCCUGGGAGAACAUUUGAUGUGAAUACAAUAUGGAGUAAAACCCCUUGUGAAGACUAUGUGGAAGGUGCAGUGAAGCAGGCUAUGACUAUUCACCUAACCAGCCCUCCAGGUGACAUCCUUAUCUUCAUGACUGGCCAAGAUGACAUUGAGGCAGCUUGCUAUGCCCUUGCUGAAAGAAUGGACCAGAUCAUGGUGUCCUCUUCUUCUUCAAAGAAACAAGUUCCUAAACUAUUGAUCCUUCCCAUAUACUCUCAACUCCCUGCUGACUUGCAAGCCAAAAUUUUUCAGAAAGCUGAAGAUGGAGCCCGAAAAUGCAUUGUCGCCACUAAUAUUGCAGAGACAUCCUUGACUGUGGACGGCAUUCACUAUGUCAUAGAUACAGGCUAUGGUAAAAUGAAGGUGUAUAACCCUAGGUUGGGCAUGGACGCUCUCCAAGUCUUCCCAGUUAGCCGUGCUGCUGCGGACCAGCGUGCUGGUCGAGCCGGCAGAACUGGACCCGGUACUUGCUAUCGGCUGUAUACUGAGAGCGCUUACCUGAAUGAGAUGCUUCCCAGUCCCGUUCCAGAGAUCCAGAGGGCCAACCUCAGCAACGUGAUCUUGCUGCUGAAAUCCCUCAGAGUUGAAGACGUGCUUGAUUUCGAUUUCAUGGAUCCACCCCCGCGAGAUAACAUCCUCAACUCUAUGUACCAGUUGUGGGUGUUGGGAGCCCUGAACAAUGUAGGAGGAUUAACCGAUCUCGGCUGGAAAAUGGUCGAGUUUCCACUCGACCCUCCGCUCGCGAAGAUGCUUCUGAUGGGCGAAAAGCUAGGCUGCCUCGAGGAGGUUCUAACCAUCGUCUCGAUGCUUUCCGUACCAUCCGUUUUCUUCCGACCCAAGGACCGAGCUGAGGAGAGUGAUGCUGCGCGGGAAAGAUUUUCCGUUCCGGAAUCCGAUCAUUUGACCCUCUACAACGUUUACCAGCAGUGGAAACAGCAUGACUACCGAGGGGAUUGGUGCAAUGACCACUUUUUACAUGUUAAAGGUCUACGAAAGGCUAGAGAGGUUAGAUCCCAGCUGCUCGACAUCCUCAAGAAGCUUAACAUUCCCUUGACCACAUGCUUUCCUGAUACUGACAUUGUCAGAAAAGCGGUUUGUUCCGCCUACUUCCACAACUCGGCCAGAUCAAAGGGGGUACGGGAAUACAUCAACUGCCGGAGUGGGAUGCCGUGCCACCUUCACCCCAGCAGCGCUCUAUACGGUAUGGGUUGCACUCCCGAGUACGUUGUCUAUCACGAGUUGGUCCUGACCUCGAAGGAGUACAUGCAGUGUACCACAGCAGUGGAGCCCCAGUGGCUGGCCGAACUGGGACCCAUGUUUUUCUCUAUUAAGGAGUCUGAUACAUCGUUACUGGAACACAAGAAGAAACAAAAUCAGGAGAAAACAAGCAUGGAGGAGGAGAUGGAGAAUUUGGAGAAGGUACAAGCAGAGGUUGAGAGAAAAAGGAAACAGAAGGAGAAGGAAAAGAUGGCUCAGCAUCAGCAGCAAAUUUCCAUGCCAGGUUUAAGAAAGAAUUCUUCCACAUACAUGAGACCAAAGAAGCUUGAAACCUUGGAAGCUAUAAUGGUGGAAAUUUACCCGAGGCCCUUAAUUUUAAGGGCAUGAGUAACUGAUCUGAUCGAAACCUUUCCUGAGGUUCCAAGGAUAUCAGUUUCAUUCACCAUAGCAGUCCCUUGGGUAAGAAAAUAAAUAAGAGAGGGAAGCCAAUAAUUAUUGACCCAAGGCUUUAUGCGUGUAUAGUCUUAGAGCACAGUAUGACCUUGCUCCCCUGUGGCUUAUCUACUUCAAUGCUCAGAGGGGAACUGGUGCGAGAAGGCGCUAUGCUAGCUAGAGUGCAAGCAAAGGCGGUCAAGUAUAAUUAAUUAAUCUUCCUUUGAUGCUGCUAUGAAUUAAGUAUGAAGGGCUUCACCUUCAAUAGUAGAAAUUCUCACAUGUCUCCAUGAAAUAACUUGCAGAAGGGGAACCAUUCUCUUUUCUGAGACUCUGAGUGAUAUAUGUUAUGCUUAGCUUUUUAUCAAAUAUUGUAUUGUGUAUUAUCUCUUUCUAUCUAACAAAAAGCUCUUGAAUCAGAUCUCCCUCCUAACCCUCAUCUUUUUUUUAUCUCUUCUCCCUCUCUCAGACACUAAAUAUUUUUCUCCCAUGAAGCACAUGCACUAUCAAAGGCUACAACUUUGUCGUUGUCACCCACCCUCAUUCCACCUUUUCCUUCCUUCUUUCAAUACCUCUAUAUCUGGAAUAAACGCUAAGUCAUCUCCUUCCCUCAAUCUAUCUUCUCCUGAUUCAGAUCUCCUCCUCUUUUUUCACAUCUUUUAAUCGAUUUCCGUAAUUUUCUCCAUUUUCAUUAUCCUACCUCUUCUUCAUUUGGAUUACAGUGACUGCAGUAUGUGGUCUGAUACUCCAUCUUCUUACUUUCAUUUUAAUUAUUCGUUAAUUUUGUGUGACAGAACUUAUCAUCUCUGUGGCGGACGUCGGAAAUUUGUCGACUUCAGAAAUCAAGCAUUUGUAAGUCAUUAUGUGUCGCGUGGAGUUGUUUCCAUGGUUUUUUAGUUUCCAUUUUUUGUUUUUUCCUUGUGAACACUUAAUUAACCACUGAAAAAGAGAAAUCGUACAAGAGAAAGAGAAGGUUAAAACUUCUUUUUGAAUUGACUGAGAUCUGAAGAAAUGGAGCAACCACUAUCAAGGUCAUGAAGCAUGCCGAGAUAUUUUAGAGCCUCAUCUCCGGAGUCCAUGAAGGUAAUUUGUGGCAAGGAAAUAUCUUCACUUUUUAAUAGCAGCUCAGGGUAGAGAAUUAAGAAAUGCAAUUGAGAGUCUAGAGCUAACUGGUCGUGAUGCUGAGGCUUUGAGCAAGCUCAGGCAUAAAUUAGAAGAUGGGGCAUUCCCGAUCUGUUCUCUCUCUCUCUCUCUCUCUCUCUCUCUCUCUUACCUAUUUUAAUUCUGAAAUGUUGCAUAUUUAUCAAGAACACUUCAAAUAAUCACACUGAUCUGGUUUUUGAAUUGGAUACUAUGAUGAAAAGAGGACCUAUUUCCUUGAUAGCAUAUUUACUGCAAGUUCAACAAUUGAGAGUCAAGCAUGUUUUGUAAAUGGGAUUCGCAUCUAAUUCCUUUUCUACAUCAUUUUCUCAAAAUAUUAAAAGCUUACAAACCAUUUUUCAAUAUGCUUUCUCUCUUUGUUAUCGUCUUCGUUUGUAGGCUCUUAUGGGUGCUAUUUGAAACCUUAAUUGAUUGGUUUUGUUUCUUAUACAUGGGAUCUUAGGACCCAUGUUUUUGUCUAUUAAGGAGUCUGAUACAUGUUAUACUGGAACAUAAGAAGAAACAAGAAAACAGCCAUGGAGGAGGAGAUGGAGAAUUUGAAGAAGGUACAAGCAGAGGUUGAGAGAAAAAGGAAACAGAAGGAGAAGGAAAAGAUGGCUCAGCAUCAGCAGCAAACUUCCGUGCCAGGUUUAAGAAAGGGUUCUUCCACAUACUUGAGACCAAAGAAGCUUGGUUUGUAAAUUAUGUUGUAUAUUACUUUGAUUUGAUAUGUUGAGAGAGGGAGGGGGAGGGAAAAGCCUACGCACUGAUAAUUCGGUAAAAAGUGUAAAUUGUUGAUUCGUUCUCCAGGUUGAAAUUGUUGAUCUCUAUGAGGGAUGGUCUCUUCAUAUCUGUUUUUUCAGUCGAAUCAUCUCAUAAUAUUAAAACUUUCAUUUUCAGAAAUCUUGGAAUCUACAAUGGUGGAAAUUUGCCGGAGGCCUUAAUUUUAAGGGCAUGAGUAACUGGGAGGACGAAUUCAUGCUUUAGAAUGUACAUUUAAAAGCAGCUCUUUUCGUUUGGGCUUAGAGUUUUCUUCUGUGGGUAAUUUAGAGUUCUAAUCUUUUUUUUUAUUGUGUAUACUGGUCAAAUAUUUAGAAGAACCAAUAGAGUUUUCAUACUUUGUUCUACCCCUCUUAUUAAUAAGCAUAGCAACUAUGCUUGAGUCCCUCCA